AUGGAUCCUGUGAGUCUCGCUGGAUUGGGAUUCGCAGUCUUUGGAACCAUAGAUCUGUGCUUAAAAUCUUGUGAUGAUCCUAACAAGAGUGCAAGAUAUGGCAAAUAUGCCGUUGCUAUAUGCAAAGAUCAAGCCCGUAUGGACGAAGAGCUUGAUGAGUUGUUUGACACAUACGUCGGUUUGUGGACAAAAACUGAAGUUCAGUUGCAGUCAUUAAAGGAGCUGUGGAAUACUCUGCCUGGCCCACUGCAGGAGCAUUAUUUCAAUGCCCUGAACCGGCUUCAAAGCAAAGAGUUUGCGGCUUGGAAGAGUCUGGAAUCAAUCAGAACGAAUUCUGAGGCUGAGAAACCGCAAAGUUCAUUGCGCAAGCUCAGAGGUCAGGCUAAAUGGAUCUCCAUGCGCAAGGAAGUCAAACAGGCUGUGUCUGAUUUGGAGGAGUGGCAGUUCAAAUUUGAUCCCUCGUGGUAUCUCAUCACACGGAUUGUGAGCGCCACAGUGGAUGAAAAGCUUCAAACUGUGCCCGAAAACCCUGCGUCCAGGAGGUUGGCGCAGAUGCGACAAGCAGUCAAGAAACUCUCCAUGUCGGAAAGUAUUCAAAGCACGGAAACGAUCUUUCGUGACUCGACCAUCGUUCAAGCCAACUUGCGGCAGAUUCCCCGCACGAACACUUUUAUGUCGGCUUAUGUUGAUACCGAUCGAUCGGUUCUCUUGGACUGUACUCACUAUCCCCCGGACACCCCGGCAGAACGAGUGAAGCCCUACGUUCGAAAUCUCGCACGGCUUUUGCGUCAUGUCGACCCAGCAACCUUCGGCUUGCUGAAGUGUAAUGGCGUUAUUGAAUUACAGGAUAUGACAGGGUCAAGGACCUCCCAGUUUCAAUUCAUUCUCGACAUUCCCCAAGGGCUCUCAUCGACACCAACGACCCUCCGCCAUCUCCUCAUCGAACAAUCACAAUACCCACUCAACCAACGUAUCCAACUCGCCAGACAGCUCGCCCGAUCAGUGAUGUUUGUCCAUACAGCGGGGUUUGUGCACAAGAACAUCCGGCCGGAGACCAUCCUUGUCUUUUCAGAAGCAGGCAAGAUUACAAUCCAAUCCUUCCUCACUGGGUUCGAGCGCAUUCGACCAGCCGAGGCCCCAACCGAACUUUACGGGGACUUGUCGUGGGCAGCGAAUCUGUACCGCCACCCACAGCGGCAGGGAGCCUGGCCGGAAGAUAUGUUCAAGAUGCAACACGAUGUAUAUAGUCUGGGGGUUUGUCUACUCGAAAUAGGGCUGUGGUGCUCUUUUGUUCGUGACGAUGGAGAUCGCUUGGUGCCCUGGGCUGAGCUAGAUAUCCUGGCUGCCCUCUCUGACAAAGAUCCAAAAAGAGGUGCAUCUGCUAUCAAAAGAAAGAUGUUGUCACUGGCUAGAGAUCGGCUGCCGGUUCUUGUGGGGGAGCGGUAUACCAAUCUCACUACGGCUUGCUUGACGUGUCUCGAUAAAGGUGACCAGAAUACUUUUGGUACGGAGAAAGAGCUACAGGAUCAAGAUGGGAUUCUUGUUGGUGUGCGAUAUAUUGAAAAGACAAUGACGUGA